CGCACAACCACCGUUCUUAGUCGCAUCACCGCCAUGUCAGAGCGCGAACGACGCGAACGUGAUAGGUACCGUGAAAGUGACCGUGAUAGACGCCGAGAAAGAGACGAUCGUGACCGUGAUCGAGAAAGAGAGCGUGAAAGAGGACUAAGGAGCAAGAAGUCCCGAUCUCGUACUCCAGACCACCACGCGCGUCCUCCUCGCCACGCGCGCUCUCCGGAGAGGUAUCGCUCUCGUUCCCGCUCAAUUGACCGUGAUCGUCAUAGACACCACAGGCGCAGGACCCCCUCUCCGUCGCGGAAACGGCCUCGUCAGAGCUCAAUCGACGACGAGAAGGAAAGAAACCUCAAAAAAACUGCGUCUGAUUCCGUAGACGAGACUGCGAAAGAGCCUAAUAAGAAAAACGAUAAACAACGAAGCCCUGGGGAGGAGGAAGGAAUAAUGGAUGAGAAUGAGAUAGAGAUGAUGAAGAAGUUAGGGAUUCCAAUUGGAUUCGACUCCACUAAAGGCAAGCCUGUUGAAGGCGCUGACGUCAGCGGCAUCAGAGCUGUUACCAAGCGGCAGCCAAGGCAGUACAUGAACCGUCGCGGUGGCUUUAACCGUCCCUUGCCAGCUGAGCGUAACCGCUAAAGAAGGUACUUGUUAUGUUUGAUUAAACAAUAGUCAGAUGAUGAGAGUACGAGCUGCAUUUCCAAGGUAGCUGUUAACGCAAUUCUACCUUCAGGCUCUGUUCUAAUACCUUGAGAGAUCAAACAUGUACUUUCUUGUUCGGGGGAUUUAGAAUUGUUAAUGUCAUGAGUGUAAUCUCCCUCCCGGCUAAUAUCUUUCAGACUAUAGUUUAGUUGUUCGUUUUAAGUUUUGUACUAUACAUUAGAAGCAAGCAAAGUAGUGUUGGCGAACUUACAUAAGAUAUCGUUAUGGUUUUAGAAUAUUAAGAUACAAAAACGGGUUUCAAAAGAUUUAAUGCCAGAGCUUGAGGCAGAUUCCAGCACCAGUUGUUGUUGAUGAUGAUCUCUCGCU